CCUCUGCCUCCCAAGUGUUAUGAUUAAGGGUGUGCUCCAUCACCACCCAACUUAAUCUUUAUUACAUGUUUGGGACAGCAUAUGUACAUCUGAGUGAAGGUGAGACCAGAGACCAGAAGGUGUAGGAUCUCCUGGCUCAGGAGCUCCAAGCAGCUGCACGCUGGGAACAAACCUGGGCUGCUGUUAACCACUGAGUCAACUCUCCAGCCCCUCUGUUUACUUUUAAAGAUGGUGUCUUCUAGGUCAGACUCUUCUGAGUGCCUGCAGUCCCCCGCCCAAGCCUCUGGAUUACAACGGUGACAGCCUGCGUUGAUGUUCUCACCUUGUUCACAUCUACACUCAGUUAGUGUAGCUCUGCAAAUGGCUCCCUCUUUUGGUCUCCACAGGUACCUGGCACGCACAUCACGCACAGACAUACAUGUGGGCAAGGUCCUCAUACACAUGUGCCAGAAGCCCGAUGCUCAGGAUGACGGUGAAGUGUCUGUCUACAUUGCACCCAAAGGAGCCAGGCCCUGCCCCACUCCGGACUGUUCACGUGGAAGACCCAGCCCUUCAGCUCCUGCCGCUGGGUCGCCCCUGACCCCAGUCCUCUUAAGACAGCCUCCUCGGCCCCGUCUUAGCCACGCCCCUCAGCAUCAGGCCCCGCCCCUCUGGUUCUUACCGCAGCUCCCUCGUGAUCCCCUUCCCUCCUUCCCCUGCUAUCUCCGCCUCACGGCGCUACACACCUGGAGGCGGCGCCCGCUCCUGGUGCGGAGUAGAAAACACUUUCUUCCAAGUUUUCGCCCAUCUUCCACGUCCCAGCUGGGACCAGCACUCGGGACCCCUGUCCAGAGGGGCCCGUGGCGCCCCACCCCCACCCCAAGAUCCCCAGAGGCCUACAGACGCCUUCACUACCUGCGCCUUCUCGCCACCCUUGGCCCGUGUCAUGGGUCGCUCGUACGGAGGCCGGGUACUGUCCGCGAUGACCCUGCUAGGCAUCCCAGCCGCCGUGCUGGUCGUGCUGGCUGCACAGCUGCUGUUCCAGCUCCAGGCGGGGCGUGCCGAGCUGCGAGGUGUGCGCACCGACUGGCUGCACUCGGAGCUGGACCCCGACGCGGGGCUACUGGAAGCUGCGGCUGGGGCAUUGCUGCCGCUGGCGACUGCUCUGGCCGCGCUGGCGCAAGUCCUCGGGCUUAGCUGCCUGCUACUCGCCGCGCUCUGCGGACACCUGGGCGCCGAGCUGGCACGCGGCCCGGGGCCAGGCAGGUCAGACUGGUUUCUUUAUGACUGCCGUCUCCUCAGGCACUCUGCAUUUGGCCUGUUCUGCUGUGGGGUCUCCGUCUACUUAGCAGCACUGGCCAUUUAUACCCUGCUGCUCUUCGAGAUCGAGGCGGGGGCAGCAGCCGCAUCUAUCCUGGGAUCAGGCGCCCUGGUCCUGGUGGCAGUAAUGACUCACACCCUACUCCGGGCUCUUCGGGCCACUCGCCGAGCUCUCCACGAGCUGUCCCCACCAGUGUUUGAAGAUGAGCCAGCCCGGCCUUCAGAAGACUCCAAAACUGGCUGCAGGGCUCAGCCUCAGCAGGAUGAGGAGCCGGAGGCGUUAGUAGGGGCUGUGACUCACCAAGGUCCUCAUUCCUGAGCUUCAGGGCCUGGAAUGGCUCCCAGGUCUUGGGAGCCCACUCCCAUGUUCCUGGAAGAAGGUUCGAGUCUUAGACCUCCACUUCCCGACACUCCCUGGGGAGUUGUGGAUGUUUGAAAUUCGCAUGUGUGGAGCUCAGAGCAGCCCAAGGCCAGGAGCAUUCAGGGAUGGCUGGAGUCUCACCAUGAGCCCAAGACUGAGUGGGUCUCGCUGCUGCGCCCCGGUUUCCUUAUCUGUGACAGAGACGGGAGAAGCUGCACACAGCACCCUCUGUACAUGUUAACCAUGUGUCUUAGUUGUAUUGUUGCUCUGCCUCUUUAACAAAGGCCACUUAAGAAAGAAGAGGCUUCUGCUCCGAGCUCCAUGCCUAACCCUACUCCUGGCUCACUUGCGUUCUGUGACAAAGUACCUUGAUACAAUCCGCGUGGGAGCAAGGGCUUGUCCUGGUGACAGUCAGAAGCAGAGAGAGAGGAAUGCUGCCUCGGGUCGCUCAGGCCUUGGGCUGCUCCCACACUUAGGAUGGGCUGACCCGUCUCAGCUAACCAUGCCCAGAGGCCGGUCUCCAAGGUGAUUCUGGAUCUGUUGUUGGCACUUGUGUGGAAGCAGGUGACUGCCUCCUAAGGGAACCGCUGAGGCCCACUCAGCCCAGAGGGCUCCACCCCUUUCCAGAAUGUACAGCGCCAGGAAUAAACUCAGCUGGCAGCUUGCUUUGUUUUGUUGCCUUUGGUUUUUAAGACAGGGUUUUAUGUAGCCCAGGCUGUCCUGGAACACUCAGCGUAGCCAACAAUGGCCUUAACUCCUGCUGCUGCCUCCCCUUCCAAGCCUCAGGACCCCAUGAAUCGCUGCACCCUAGGCCCUCACUGGCUUCUCCCUCCUCUGGUCUGCUCUUCUCUUCUCAAACUUAGAAUAUUCUCCAAGGCUCUGAUGGGAGAGUCUGCUGAAGGCUGAAGCUGAGACCUGCCCUCCCCGUAGGCACCGCCCUCCCGGUGGGCACUGCCCUGAAAGCAGAACUGGGAGCCAUGAUGACUUGGCUCAGUCUCAGCCACGCAGGACUGUCCAGGCAGGCCUGCUGGGAGACACCUGAUCUGGGUGUGCCAGGAUGUGCUUCCCUCCUCCAACAGUCACCACUGGGACUUGGCUUUUAGACUUGAGUUUCUGUCUGUCCUUCUUUCAAUUCUCUCUCUCUCUCUC